UUGCUAUCCAAAUGGUUUAAUUCUUACAGGUGCAAAAUUUCACAUAUGGCAAAAUAAUAUUUAUUGUGGCCUUAUGAAAUAAUUUCCAGGGAUACUAAAAAUGCUCCCCAAACACUGAAAAGCAUGAAUAAAUUAAGUAACUUGUAACGAAUAUCUCCUUUAAAACCACACUGCUUUCAAUUAUGAUUUUUUUCUAAAUUAUAUUUUUUAUAAUUUGUGUUAGGCUUGCAACCUGAAGUCUUCACCUUCAUUGUGUCUUCCAAAAUACCUAGUGAGAACACAUUUAAUAAUCUAUUUUUAGAUUUCUCACAAAAGAGAGUUCUAGUGGAGUGUGGUAGCGUACAACCUGUAAUCCUGGUAGAGGCUGAGGCAGGAGAAUGAAGAAUUCAAGGCUAGCCUGGGCUACUAAGUGAUGAGGGGUUGAAGGAGGGAGGUAGAGAUCUUUUUUUUUUUUUUUCCGGAGCUGGGGACCGAACCCAGGGCCUUGAGCUUGCUAGGCAAGCGCUCUACCACUGAGCUAAAUCCCCAACCCGGAGGUAGAGAUCUUGACCGUUGGUUCACAGGUUUAAGUCCCAGCUUUACCAUUAACAGGUCAGCUUACUGGCUUUUCUGAAGCUGAAAUUUUAAAAAAGAGUUCUUUUAUUUUCUAAUUAUUUGCUUGUAUGAGUAUGUGCAUGUCUGAGUAUUGCAUGUAUGAGUAUGUGCAUAUAUGAGUGUGUGCAUGUAUGAGUAUGUGCAUGUAUCAGUAUGUGUGCAUGUAUGAGUAUGUGCAUGUAUGAGUAUGUGCAUGUAUGAAUGUGUGCAUGUAUGAGUAUGUGCAUGUAUGAGUAUGUGCAUGUAUGAAUGUGUGCAUGUAUGAGUAUGUGCAUAUAUGAGUGUGUGCAUGUAUGUGCAGAUACCCAAAGAGGAGAGGAGACAGGGUUGGUCAUACCUGGAACCCCUUGAGCUGGGAGUUGGAGGUGAUGGUGAACUCUCUAGUGUGGGUGCUAGGAGCCAAACUCUGGUCUUCUGAGAGAGCAGCAGUGCUCUUAACCUCUAAGUCAUUUCUGCAGCCCUUGAACCUAUACUUUGUAAAGUGAGGAUUACAAUAGUUUACUCCUUAUAAACUUAUGGGCCAAGCUUUCUGCUUGGUUAGGUGGGUGUUAGCAAUGCCUAUUCGGAGUCCCUUGAUACCAGAGCCUGCAAAACAAGCCCUCUGCCAAGUGCGCUAGAGCCCAACAAACCUGUAAAGGAAUGUGCGGGGCGGGAUGUUUUGAGUAGAAAUCUGCAGGUUCAGGGUGGAAAAGGCUUGGACCCUUCUCAUCUCCCAAUAAGAUGACAGCAACCACGAUGCCUGAGGUACUGUGCCCAUCCAUCUCCCAGGAGGCGGAAAAGCCACAAAGGCACCUGAGGCACUGUGCCCAAGAGCUAGUGUGCUGUGACUAAAGGAGCCAAGUAAGGGGAGAGCCAAGCCUAGGCUCUGUGGCUCUCCUUAGCCAUGCAGACUACUCGUCUUGUCCCCCAGCCAAAAGUCCCAGAUGUCACUUGGAGAGGAGAAAGUGCUACCCACAGGUGCAAGCAGGUGGCAGGAGUCAGUCAGCUUGCCUAUGUGUCCCCAUGAUGCUGGCUUUGCCAGCAGAGCUAAGGCAGGCCCCUGCCCACUUGAAGCUGCAUGCAGGGGCACUUCUGGCCAGCAUAUGGCUUUCAAGCUGCCAUCUAAAGGGAACUGGAGGCUUCUUUGGGGGCAGUUUUCAGGGCUGAAUAUCUGCUGGCUUUGAACCUGCUGCAGCUCUGCUCCUACGCUGGGGCUGGGAUGAACAAAUGCAGGUGGUAACCACAGAGCAGUUCCAGAGAGUGAAAGACCUCAGCCUCAGUAUCUAUAGCCAGACAGAGGUUGACCUUCAGGCCACAGGCAGAAAGAGUUUCUGCUGGGGUUGGGGAAAGAGCUCAGGAUCUCCAGUCCUGUGCUGAUUUUGCCAUUUCUUGCUGGGGACCUCUGGUUCUACACAUUUAUCCUAAGGGUAGCAUGUUCGAAAUCAAAUUCUUCUCCCAUAAGCCAGCCCUUUGGUCUCUAGUGUCAGGACUCCCAUCCUGUCCUCUUUUUGUUGUUGUUGUUGUUGUUGUUUUUCUUUUUUCUUUUUUUCGGAGCUGGGGACCGAAUCCAGGGCCUUGCGCUUGCUAGGCAAGCGCUCUACCACUGAACUAAAUCCCCAACCCCACAUGUCCUCUUUUUAUGUGGCUCUUUUUCCUUUGGAAGACCCUACGGCCCCACUUCUAGAACAGCAUUUCUCUUACUCUAGCCUCAGUCUUUUUGGUCAGCUUCUUGCCAUCCCUUUCUCCUCAUCAAUUCUGCAAGGCCAGCUCCCUUAAUGUCCUUGCUUCCACACACUCACCAGAAGACUCGAGUGCUUCUGUCAACCUGGGAUACAGCCAGGUAAGGUCCAGCUAUGAUGGAACCAUAGCACUUUCACCACCAAACACUCCUCUGACUCCCAAUGCCUACUGUAGCAUCUUAAGCCAUGAGCUCAGCCUGGUCAUCAGAAACCGUCUCUAGCAGGACUGCAGGCAACAUCUGUCAUUGACAGUUGCCCGCCUUUCUGGUUCAUGAUAUUCUGUGGCAUGUGCCAUGCUUUGCGGCCAUGAGAUUCCUUCCUCCCCUGGCUCAUACUUUGCAAACCUUGUGAGAUUCUUCGUUGCCCCUUGCUUGAAGGUCAUGGUGCAGAUCGAGUCUUACUUUCCCCAGCAGAUGCCUGGUCCUCUCACGAUGGUCUGCUGCUUCAGACCUGGGAGGCAGCCUGCUUAAUCGAGUCCUCCACUCCAUAUACUCAGAAGGCUGAGAUGUCCCUUCUGAGGAUAUAGUAAGGGUGGUAGGUGUUAUGUGACUUUUCUUGGGGAGAGCCAAACAAACAUCAGUUUGCCAGACUAGAUAAAUUAUUCCACUGUGACCUGAUUUUCAAAUCAGUGUCUUCACUGGGUAACUUACAAUAGUGUAGGUAAGGGAUCACUUUCAGGAGUGGCAGUGACUCCAUGGCUCUUUGCACAACUUGCAGGCAGUUUAGCUGGUUAUCAUUGUUAUUGCUUAUAUAAUCUGGAGAGAGAGAGAAAGAGAGAGAGAGAGAGAGAGGCGGGGGAAGGAGGGAGAGGGAGAGGGAAAGUGAAAACGAGAGGGAGAAUGCGCACCUGCAUGCCUUCCGUCCUUGUGAAUCUUUCAGGAUAUUGUGGGAUUUAUUUGCUAUGGGUUAAGGGGCCUCCCCUCACUGUCCAGGAAGGAGUGUUUCAUUUGGGAAGAAAUAGCUACAUAACAGAUAGAGAUAAUACUGUUGAAUUCCUGGGCCCGGAAAUGGGAACCUGAAUUGACUGAAGAGCUCAGAGAGUGCUUGGGAGACUUGAAAAUGUAAAAGGUGGUGUCCUGUUUCCCUUUCCUCUUUCCCUUUUCACAGAGAGGAGAACCCAUCGGGUCUAAAGCACCAAAGUCCAGCAAGAUUUGUGAGCAGGGGCGGGCUGGCCUUUCAGAGCCCACAGACUUUACAAUUUUGCACAGUGGCAAGAAGAUAACAUGGAGCUGAGGAGAGGAAAGACCUUUAUCAAAUCUAGUGUGCAGAUUUCCCACGAGAAACUCAUAGACUCCCCAGCCAAGGAGGACCCAGACACUUGGUCACUCUCACUGGGAGAGCAGCAGAGAGCCCAUGGCGAGAGGAGCUCCCAAACAAGUCCCUGUGCCCAAGGGUAUGGCCGAUGCCCCAACAAAGAGGUACUGUCUGACCCAGAAGGGGGUCCCGUGCCCCUCUGUGGAAACACUUUCAAGUUGGUGCGCAAGAGUAAGACACAUGACAAUGUUCCAGGGGCUGUGAAGGCAGCAGCCCCCACAGGGCAAAUGGUAGGUAGCACAAGCUUCACAGAGACCCCAGGAGGUCAGCGUAUGAUUGACUACCGCCACUUUGUGCCCCAGAUGCCCUUCGUGCCAGCUGUGGCUAAGAGCAUCCCAAGAAAAAGGAUUUCCCUGAAAAGGUCCAAGAAGUGCUUUCGAAACCUAUUUCACAUGCGCAGAAGCAAGACUGAGAACUUGGCCUCGCUCUCAGCCAAGGGGAAGAACCUCUCCCCUCCCGGGGUCCCAGCGCAGCAAGGCAAGCCCUUCUUCUCCAUGGGUGAGGGGCUGGGGCUGGACAGCCUAUGCCAGGACCUGUCUGACAGUGAGUUUCUACAUGACUCGCCCUUUGACCUCUGCAGCGCCCUGUGUGAGGAUGUGGCCUCACUGAAAAGCUUCGAUUCACUUACAGGUUGUGGGGAGAUCUUUGCAGAUGGGAGCUCGGUGCCAUCUGUGGAGUUGAAGGACGGCCCAGAGAGCCCAGCCCAUUCACCGCAGGCUCUGGACAGCAAGACUCCCUGUGGCCCCUCCCAGGGUAGUAUGGAACAGCUGAUGUCACCUGCCCAGAAUGAAGCAUCAGACUUCACCAAGUUCUGGGACAGUGUGAAUCGCUCUGUGCAGCAGCAGCAGCGUGCCCUGCUGGGCCCGUGGUUGAUGAGUCCCCAGGGAACAGAAACAGACCAACCCAGGCUGGACUCAUCUGGGUUAGCUGAACUGCCCCUGUUCCCUUGCAGGGGUCCCCCCAGUGGCUCCAAAGCCAGCUCCAUAGACACAGGUACCCCCAAAAGUGAACAGCCUGAAUCUGUGUCCACAAGCGAUGAAGGUUACUAUGAUUCCUUCUCACCAGGCCUCGAGGAGGAGAAGAAGGAAGCUGCGAGCCCAGCCACGCCUGCAGCCGCUUUCCCCAGGGACAGCUACAGUGGGGACGCCCUCUAUGAACUCUUCUAUGACCCCAGCGAGGCUCCUGUUGGCCCAAUCCUGGAUGAUGACUGUGUGUCUGAGAGUCUCUCAGGACCUGCCUUGGGGACUCCGUUGUCUAUGUGCAGCUUUCGCGUGGGGGCAGAGGAGAACCUGGCCCCAGCGCCAGGCCCUGACUUGCUCAGUCAGGGCUUCCUACAGAGUACCUGGAAGGGCAAGGAAUGUUUGCUGAAGCUCUGUGACACAGAACUUGCUAUCACCAUGGGCAUUGUCAACUGGCUGCGCAGAACCCCACAGGCCACUGCCCCUACCCCUGCAUCUACCCCUGCCUCUACCCCUGCCAUUGUCCUUCGGGAGCCCGCUGCCCCACCUGACCCCCAUAGAGUCCUCAGAGGAACAUCAGCAGAUAUGAAAGGCAGGGAAGACCAGGCCUUAGACAUGGGUAAGGAUGUGCAAUGCUUUUCACCCAGUAGGCAGGUGCCCUGGGCGCAUUCAGGAACCAAAGACUUGCUUAUUAGAGAGCGGGAAGUCCAAGGGGAGCCCGCAAGGGGUAUAAAUACCCCAUCUAAAGAUGGAUCUCUAGAGGAAGGAACACAAAAUGUCUCCGAAGGCCGGUCCUCCUCGGAAGUAACCACUACAACAAGCAUUUCCAGGAAUAGCAAAGCUGUAAACACUGCCACCCGUCUCAGUUCUCAGAAGGAACUCGGGACACCUGGGAACCUGAGGUGUUCUCAAGGUUCCUUAAGACCAGGGCCUGGAGGAAGUGCUCUUGAUCCAGGGCCCAUGCUUGUGGGCUGUGUGGCAGCCCUGCAAAUCUAUCCAGACAGCCAUUCUCCUAGACAGGAUAAGGGCAAUGGGCUCCUCUGGAAGCCUCAGGCUUGGGGUCCUAACGCUGUGCUAAAGAAACCUACAAGCAGCAAACGCAAUGAAGCAGCUGCCUGUGGCCUCUCCUCCUCAGCCAGCCCACAAGACCAGAGAUGUCAUGACCUCUUCCUAGACCUGAACCAACUCACCUUGGAACCCUCCAGGCUAGGUACCCAAGCCUGUGCCUCUGUGGACAGCCUGCCUCAGCAGCUCUGCCCCAGGGCUCCAGAGCAAGUGCCACAUAGGGGUUCAGUGGGGUCCUGAGCCACUCUGGGCCCCCAAUGUCCAGCCUCUGUGGCUAUUUCCCAGAAAUCCUGAGGCUUUCUUUGGACAGUGAGCAGUGGUAAGUCACUCCUUCCCCAGGAGUGGGCCAGGAAAUGUGGCCACGGCCUUCUGAAUGGACUUCUUGUGGAUAACCAGAAGAGCGGGCUAACAAGGUGACCAUGGCGCAGGUUCACCUACAGAAUGGACGCACACUAUUCAGGAACUGCAUAUGCAUGACCUCAUUCAGGAGAACCCUGGAAGGACCAGAAUCUUUGUCUUUAUUAUUUUUUUUCUGGCGUGAGGCUUGUGUUUGGGGUAGAGAUGGUCGAGAUCAGGUAUGUGGGGAGGGGGGAUGGGGAUGAGAUGAGGGGAUCAUUGCCUGAGCCCGGGGCUAGAGACUGCUGGGAGCUGUCUAUGCUUAGCUGCCCCUCAUGUCACAAGGACAGUUGAUGGCCAGCAAGCAGUUCGUGGUGUAAAUGAAGACAGGGGUAGCCGUUUCAUCUGUUUGAGGAUAAGAGCCACGGCUCAGGAGGCGGAAAACCUCAUGGGGUUGAGUUGACAAGGACCCACUGGCUUCAUCCAAGCCUACUCGUUACCAGGAUGGGAGACUGCCACACACUACAGCAUCCCAGUGCUUCUGUUCAGGAACAACAAGGACCAGCAAGAACCUGGAGCUGCCAGCAUGGUGUAAGAGCACAGCUUUGCCAGGGCUGACCAGACCCUGCCUGGUCAGUAGGUUCUGUCAUAGGUAAUUCUGUGCAUUCCCUUCAGUUUGAUCUCUGAAGCCUUGGGUGGGUAAAAGCCCACUGUUUUCCCCACGUCUGCCAUUCUGCCUUGGAGUUGCAAAGGCCUUGUCUUCUGCCCUUUCCACUCCCAGCAUGGCCACCUCUUCUCCAGGGAGCUCUCUGAAAGAUGCCGGGCUCACCACCCCUAACACAAAAGCAACACAUGCACCAAACCCAGACAUUCAGAAUCAGGAAAGGACCUGCUGGAUGCUGUCCCCAUGAAGUGUAGAAAUCUCUUCUGACCCAGCAAGAGGCCCAGGGAGAGAGGGCCCAUCCUCACUGCCAGGGAUUUGAUUCUACCUCAGCAAAAAUAACACAGUGGUAGACAGAGGAUGAGGACUUGACAGGUAGCUGUAAAAUUUGUCACCAGGAUCUUGCUUGCAGGCACACUGCUGGAGAGGCCACACUUCAUACAGAGCUUCCGAGGAGAGGUGCAGGAAUUCCAGACAAGCACUGAAGUCCCAUUAGUAACAUGUGUUCAAGGGCCGAGUGCUUCACUUCAGGCUAGAAAGUGUCUUGUGAUCUCUGGCAUCAACAGUUCUCUAAGGCUGCUUGCUGUGUGUGAGACGAGGGCCGUAGGUUAAAAGCAGACACCAAGGUUGUGGCCGUGUGCAUCUGGAAUCAAGGAAGCACACGGCCAUUCACCUGGGCAUCCAUGUGUCCUUCUCCUAGAACCCAGACCCCAUCGUGACUUCAUAAUGACAUCACUGAGCCUGGCUCUGAAUAAGUGACAAGUAGAAGACCAUUCUGCAUGACCCCUGCAGCAGUCUGAGGUAAAUUACGCUCAUUUCAGACCUGGGGAGCAGGCACAGCUUGUGGGACCUUUCUGUGGACAUACACAUGUAGGGUAGGCAGGUAGGGCGUUCGGAUCCCGUCCAUACCUUAGUACAAAAGCUCUACUAUGCAGUCGGUUCUGGAACAUUCCACUGGUCUUCCGCAGCCGAUACUCCCAGAGCCUUCAGCCCUUUCUUCUUCCAGGUCACAGAUGCCUGAACACCCCAGGGUGCCAACCACAUGUCUCUAUGAGCAGGCUGAGAGCUCAGUAAGGAGGCCACCCAACCCCAGUCACAGCCUUUGGGCUUUGUACUGUACUUGACAGAGAAAGUGCUCAGUAAAUACUUUUUUUUGAAAGAA